AUGGACGCAGCCGCCCUGGCCACGCUGCUGGCCGACUCGACAAACAAACUCGUCGGCUUGCACUCCCAGAUCGGCCAUCCACCCGAGGCACUGCAAGGCGCUCUCGAUGCCCUCCACCAUGCUCUCAAAUCCGCCGUCGACGACCAGAUCAGUAAAGUGCAGCGAGAGGCAACCGACCUCAGCACAGAGUGCGCACAGAUCGAGGCCGACAAUGCACACAUCAAGAGGGCGCUAGGCGAAAAGUCGCACGUCUCCAAUCCACCAUCCCUACAAAACGCCAUCGGCAAACGCAUGGUAUCGGCAGCCUCGCCCUCCGCAGCAACAUCCGAAUCUGCUCCCUCCGAAUCGCAACCACUCCUCCAGCGACGCUCCCAGCUCCAGAUCGAACAGACGCGUCUUAAAGCCUCCUACACCACAAAAGAGGCCCAGCUCGAUCGUCUCACCGCCAAGCUGCAGACCUACGUGCCCCUGCUCGGCACGUUUGUCAAGUACCCAGAGGAUGCCGCACACGACGACGCUGCUUCCUCUCUCGCCUCCCAAGCCCCGACAGCCACCGCCUUCCGCGACGUCUCGCAACCAAGGAUAGCCUCCUUCGAGGCAGAAAUCAUCCGCUGCUCCAAGGAAGUCAACGCCAGGGCAGAGAAGCUACAAACCACCCUGCUCGAGGUCGUCCAGCUCUGGUCCGAACUCAACCUCGAACCUGCCCAGCCUGCCGCACUCUCCGACGAGCGCGUCUUUGACUCCGAACCGGGCGGAGACGACACCGACUGCGGCGGAGGCACGCUCGGCUUCGACCGAGCCAUCCUCGCGCACCUCCAGCUCCAACCCAUUCACGACGACCAUACAGGCGCGUUCAUAGGCGAGUUCGUCAGCACCGAGCAGCCCCAACAUCGCGACGCCGCCGCCUCGAGCAACAGCCGCGCCAUCGACGAUCUGCUCUCCCAAACACCCACGCGCGCCUCGCUCGGCGGACAGCCGGCACGCGACAGCGGCGACCUUGCCUUGCAGCUCUCGUCCGCCGCAAAGACCGCCGCCGCGCCCGCACCGCCUUCUCACCUGCUCGAGCCAUCCGAGACCAACCUCGCGAGCGCCACCAAACGCCUCCAGUGGCUCGAAGCAGAGAAACAGCGACGCGAGCUGCUCAUCCAGGAGCUCUACGACGAGCUCAGCGAACUCUGGGCCAAGUUCGACGUGCCCGAAGACGAGAUGGACGCCUUUGUCAUGGAUCAUCGCGGCAGCACCCUCGACGUCAUCCACGCCUACCACGCCGAACUCGAAAAGAUGAAGCAGCUCAAGGCGCAGCACAUGUCGCUCUUCAUCACAAAAACGCGCGAGCGCAUCGCCACGCUCUGGGACUCGCUCUUCCUCACCCACCAAGAACGCCAGGCCGCAUUCCCACCCUUCUUCAUCGACGUCUCCGCCGACGCAGACCCCACCCUCGACGAGCCGCUCCCCACCGACGAGAUCCUCGCCUCGCAUGAACAGAUGAUCGACCACCUCACAGAACAAGUGCGCCUCAAGGCGCCCGUCCUCAAGGUCAUCGGCAGGUACAAGGAGCUCAUCGACGAGGCCAGGCAGCUCGACGAGUCCGCCUCCGACGGCUCGCGUCUGCUCGGCCGCUCCAACCGCGGCGACCCGGGCCGUCUGCUCCGCGAGGAAAAGAUGCGCAAGCGCGUCAAGAUCCAGAAGCCCAAGAUCGAGGCCGAGCUGCUCAGAGUCAUCCCCGCGUGGGAGGAGGAGCACGGCGAGCCCUUCACCAUCAACGGCGUGCGCUACCUCGACGAGCUCAUCGAGCAGGUCGAAGAUGCAAAGGAAAAUGCCAACCGCAAACGCACAAGGACGGUUUCGGGUGCACAACCGACGGCACCGCCCGUUAGCGCUCCGGCGAGCGUCCGACGUGGUCCCCUCGCCAUCUCCGCUUCGUCCAACCGCGGCGUGGCCGCAACGCCGAUGAGGUCAACCACACCGCAUCAGGGCACGCUCAAAAAGCCCAGGAUCGCAGCGACCCCAGCCACUGUUGCUGCGCCCACGGCGAGAUCCAUGUCGGUCAGGCAGAAUGCAGUGCCGGCAUCGGUCUCGCGCAUGACCUCCGCACGCGUGCCCAUGUCCGCCGCGCCGAAAGCAUACUACUCGGCCGCAGGAGGCGCUUCGAGCAUCCAGCGACCCGCCGCCUCGUAUGCAGCAGGCCCCAGCAGCCCGUCGCGCAUCCCUGGUCCCUCGCCGCAUCUCGCAUCCAAGCCCUUUGGCGCCGCACCAGCGCAACCGAGCUACACAGCCAAGGUGGGCGCGCGGCAUGCGACCGCCUCCUCGGUUGGGUUGGCAGCGCGCACGGUCAAGGCGCAGCGCGAGAGCUUCCGACCGCGUCCCUCGCUGGUGGCCAAGGUGCCGCGCAGUGCCAUCGUGGUGGGUGGGGCGACGCACGCAGGCGAGAUCGUCUCGCCCGGUCGAGCGAGCAAGUGGGGUGAGAUGGGUCCGCCGCGUUGGCCUGCCGCUGGCCAGCCGGCUCACACGCAUCGCGACGUUUCGACCAUCUCGGCCAGCAGCAGUAUACACACGGACAUUACCACCGUCAUCCACCCGCAGGCGGGCAUGGGCAUGCAGAUGGGCAAGGCACCCGAGCCCGUCAAGCGCACGCGCCGCGCGCCGUCCAUGUCGCUCGAGGCGUGUCUGGCCAACCUGGCGGCGUCGUCGUCGCACGGCAAAGGGCGCAUGGGCGACGACGCUCGCGACCUGGGCAUCUCGUCCAUCCGCAGCGUCUCGUCCAACGACGACAUUGCCGGCACAGCAGCAGACGACGGCACGCGCGCAAGGGUGCAUGGCUGGAAGGACGGUCUGCGCAUCGCCGGUGCCGGUCUCGACGACGUCGACGCCGAAACGCCCACGCUGCCUCGUUCGGGGAGCAGCAAUUGGGAGCUCGUCGGUGAUCAGGAGCCGGAUCACUAUGCGCAUCAGCAUGCACUCGCCGCAUGA